AUGAGAAUAAAAUCGAGAUCAACAGACCAUUACAGGAUGGGAAUAAGGACAUUCAUAAAAAUCGAUUGGCUUCAAUCUCAACUCAGUCAUAAAUGGUUAAAUGUGGCAAAUCAAUUAAUAGACGAAUUAUUAUUUAUUUGCAAUAUAAAUGUCUACUUCACUAUGCCACCGUUCAAGUAA